CUUAAAAUAAAUGAAAAAGGAAGAAGUUGGAAACACUUGCACACAAGCAAACCAGACUACCAGAGCCAAUAAGAAGAAGUUGGAAACACUUGCACACAAGCAAACCAGAGCCAACAAGGAAGAAGCAGCGCUUGUUUCUGAACAAGGGAAACAUGAAUCUGUUUAGAUUGGCAGGAGACAUGACCCACCUCCUGGGCAUACUAGUUCUGUUCCUUAAGAUCCACUCCACCAAAUCUUGUGCAGGGAUUUCACUUAAAACGCAAGAACUGUAUGCGUUGGUGUUUCUCACCCGAUACAUGGACUUGAUUGUGAAGUAUUACUCUCUAUAUAACACAUUAUUCAAGCUAAUCUUCAUUGGAACUUCUUUUGCCACGGUCUGGUACAUGAGGUACCAUAAAGUAGUGAAGCAAACAUACAAUAAGGAUCAAGAUACUUUCAGACACUACUAUCUGAUCCUUGUUUGCUUGGUGUUGGCUGUUCUGAUUCCCCAUGAAUUUACUGUAACUCAAGUGUUGUGGACAUUUUCAAUAUACCUUGAAGCUGUUGCAAUUUUACCUCAAUUGGUACUACUUCAAAGUUCAAGAAACAUUGACAACCUGACUGGAAACUACGUUUUCCUUCUUGGUACUUAUCGAGCCCUAUAUCUUCUCAAUUGGAUCUAUCGUUUCUUCACAGAGCUGCACAGAGUUCGCUGGAUACCUUGGAUCUCAGGCCUAAUUCAGACUGUUCUUUAUGCCGACUUUUUCUACUAUUAUGUCAAAAGCUGGAAGAAGCAUGAAGAGCUUAAGCUUCCUGCUUGAAAUCGAUCAUUCUGGAUUUGUAAUUUCUCCAACAGAAAAGCAAUGCAUAUAUACCGCUACUGCAGAGUUGGACAGUUCUUCUUCUUCAAUUUAUCCUUGUCUUGAGCUUCUCUCAUCUGAAAUCUGAUUAGCAUGCAUAGAAUAGUAUAUGAAUCAUGAUGGGAAUUUAAUGAUCCACGAAAUAGUGGAUAGAUAGUAGGAAACCCUUCUCGUUACUGUCAUAGUGUCAUACUAUAAAUUUCAAAAUCAACCUAACUAGGGAGAUAUUAUCGGUGUUGUUAAGAUCUAAGUAACAUGGUUACUCGAUUUCCUUUUAUAAGACUUUUUUCCUUUUUCUGUUUUAUCUC